AUGCCUCCCCGAAAGCAGUGGAUCGAUAAGAAAAAUGCUACCACUUAUCAGCUUUUCCAUCGAUCCCAACAUGACCCCCUCAUCCACGACCCCUCAGCCGACGACCGUGUCCUUCACCCGGUAUACGGCCCUGCUUCAGAAGAUCCAGCCACCUCGGCGAAACGUUCCAAGAACCUAGACGAUCUCGCGAGCGAAUUCGGAUCCGGUGCUGUUCGAAAGAACGAGGGUGAGGCAGCCAACUAUGGCAUCUACUACGACGACUCGAAAUAUGAUUAUAUGCAACAUCUGCGCGAACUUGGUACCGGAGGUGGGGACUCGUACUUUGUCGAAGCCGCCAGCAAGAACAAAGGCAAGGGCAAAUCCAUGAAGCUGGAAGAUGCGCUCGCGCAGACUUCGUUGGAUGACGAGGACACAAGGAGCACCUGGGAUGGCCGCAGCACAGUGGGCUCCGCCUACGGAGCAUACUCUACCGCCUCUACUUACUCCCGAAAGCCGACAUACCAGGACCAGCAGAACGUCCCGGAUGCCAUUGCGGGGUUCCAGCCGGAUAUGGAUCCCCGACUUCGGGAGGUCCUCGAGGCCCUCGACGAUGAGGAAUAUGUGGACGAGAAAGAGGACGACGAUUUCUUCGGUCAGCUGACUUCACACGCGGAGGAGAUUGACCCUGGUGACUGGGAAGAUACACUGUUCGAUGAGGACGACGAAGACGAAGGGUGGGAGUCCGACGCUACAGAGAAAGCCCCCAACCAGCCAAGUAACACCGCAUCCAUCAAGCAAGAAACGAAGAAAGACGUCGCUCCGGGCGAACUUCCUGAACAUGACGCCCCAGCUCCCGACAUGCACCCCGACGACCAGGACUGGAUGCGUGAAUUCGCCAAAUUCAAGAAAACCGGAAAGACACAAGCUACCCCCGCCGCCCCGGCCAGCGUUGUCCCCUCCGAACAGCGCAGCACCCUCGCUUCAACGGUCUUCACAGCUGGCGGUACCCCGAUCCGCCGCAAGAAGCGCAAGGGCGCCCUCACCAACCCUUCUGCCUACUCCAUGACCUCCUCCUCCCUAGCCCGUACCGAGGGCCACCGUCUCCUUGACGACCGGUUCGACCGCGUUGAAGCACUUUAUGCCGUCGAUGAAGAAGACGAAUACGAUGACUCCGUGUCCAUGGUUAGUGGUAUGACCGGCAUGACCGACCUCUCGACCGCCUCUUCACAAGCACCAAGUCUUAUUGAUGCGAACGGCAACGCAGUCGCGCCGCGCCAUGACUUCAACAACAUCAUGGAUGACUUCUUGUCCGGAUGGGACGACAAGACAAGUUCACAGGCAAAGCGGAAGGGUGCAAAGGCCAAGCGUGGUAAGAACGGCAACGAGGCGAUUGGUAUUCGCAUGCUGGAUGAAGUCAGACAGGGCCUGGGGCCUGCAAGAGUUCCUGGAAGAGUUCCGGGCAGGGCAUGA